AUUAUUUAAUUUCUAGACAUGUUCUGCUGCCCAAGCACAUAAUAAAGCAAGAUAAUGCACAUGAUAAUAGACAAAAACCAAGCCUAGGCCAUCUCCUUAUACGGAGUAAACCAAAAAUAGAUGCUUAGUACCAACUCGAUUCCCUUUCGGCCGCUGGACAAAAUACAAACUCAUCAUCAUAAUUUUUGGUUUAUACUAAGGAAGAUAGCUAUAUUUGUACAUAAAUAUAAGGAAAUGUACUUAGCUGAAGAAAAUAGUAUCAAAAUUAUGAUGAUGAGUAAUAAGGAGCGCCAAUGCUCAUACUUUGUAUUACUGUUAGUUUCUAUAGCUAUCAUUGGAGCUGCAAAUGGUGAGUAUUUGAUUGGUGUGGGAAGCUAUGACACGACGGGUCCGGCUGCUCAGGUUAACAUGAUGGGCUACGGUAACCUGGAUCAGAAUGCUGCUGGGAUACAUUUCCGGCUAAGGGCGAGGACUUUUAUCAUCGCGGAAAGUGAACAAGGUGCACGGUUUGUUUUUGUCAAUCUUGAUGCAGGUAUGGCUUCUCAGCUUGUUACCAUCAGGGUGCUUCAAAAACUCAAAUCAAGGUUUGGAAACUUGUAUACUGAAGAAAACCUGGCAAUUAGUGGCAUUCAUACUCAUGCAGGCCCUGGAGGCUACCUGCAGUAUCUAAUAUACCAUGUUACAUCUCUAGGCUUUGUUCAGCAAUCAUUUGAUGCCAUUGUCAACGGAAUUGUUCAAAGCAUAGUUCAAGCUCACCAGAACCUUAAGCCCGGAUCAAUUUUCAUCAACACCGGGGAUGUAGAGAAUGCAGGAGUAAAUAGGAGUCCAAGUGCGUACCUAAUGAACCCAGCAGAGGAAAGAGCAAAAUAUCCUGCUAAUGUCGAUAAAGAAAUGACCCUUUUGAAGUUCGUUGAUAAUGGAAAUCAAAAAAGUAUCGGAGCAUUCAGUUGGUAUGCCACUCACGGAACUUCUAUGAGCAGAGACAAUAAAAUUAUUAGUGGCGACAACAAAGGAGCUGCUGCUCGGUUCUUCGAGGACUGGUUCACUUCCGCAACUAAACCCAACUCAACAAGGUUCACUAGAUUCUCUAAUGAAGUAGAUCUUGAUAAGUCGAUAGAGAAAGCACGAAAAAUCAAGGCUACAGGCGGACAACCUUGCGGUAAAACAACGAGCCGAGCCUUCAAGGUGAGGAAGAACGAUGGGACGCAAUUUGUAGGAGCAUUCUGUCAAUCAAAUGUGGGAGACGUAACACCAAACGUGCUAGGAGCGUUUUGCAGUGAUACGGGAAGACCCUGCGAUUUCAACCACUCUUCAUGCAAUGGCGAUGAUCGCCUCUGCCUAGGCCGUGGCCCUGGAUACCCUGAUGAAAUACUGAGCACAAAAAUCAUAGGAGAGAGGCAAUUCAGCAAGGCUGUUGAUCUGUUCAUGUCUGCCAGAGAGGAACUGAGUGGAAAAAUUGAUUAUCGUCAUUCGUACCUCAACUUUACAGAUCUCGAGGUUGAUCUAGGUGAUCAAGGCAAAGCUAAAACAUGUCCUGCUGCCCUCGGCCCUGGGUUUGCCGCUGGAACCACAGAUGGACCAGGCGUGUUUGGGUUUGAACAAGGUGAUGCAGAGAUCAACGAGCUCUGGAAAAAAGUGAGAGACUUGCUGAAAAAGCCAAGUAAAUAUCAGGAAAACUGCCAGAAACCCAAAAGUGUAUUGCUCUCUACAGGGGAAAUGUUUGAACCUUAUGCGUGGGCGCCCGCAAUUUUACCAAUCCAAAUACUAAGAGUGGGAAAACUAAUCAUACUUUCAGUACCAGCAGAGUUGACAACUAUGGCUGGCCGACGACUAAGGGAAGCAGUUAAGGAGACAUUAAUCAGUAACGGGGGAGGAGAGUUCAAUAAUGAGAUUCACAUUGUCAUAGCAGGUCUCACAAACACAUACUCGCAAUACGUUGCAACUAUUGAAGAAUACAGCCAACAAAGAUAUGAGGCAGCUUCAACCCUCUAUGGACCCCAUACUUUAUCAGCAUAUAUACAGGAAUUCACCAGACUAGCUAAAGCAAUGGCUAGGGGAGAACAGCUUCCUAAAACAGACUUGUUACCUCCAGAUCUUUCAUCUAAACAACUCAGACUCUUACUUGACCCUUGGAUAGACUCACCCCCAAAAGGCAUAAAGUUUGGUGAUAUAAAAGAAGAUGUCACUCAUCCUAAAGAUGGCUUUAAGAAGGGAGAUAAACCAAGUGCCACAUUUUGGAGCGGUAAUCCAAGGUUUGACUUGUUAACAGAGGGCACAUUUGCAGUAGUAGAGAUGCUUCAGGGGGAGCGCUGGGUUCCAGUUUAUGAUGAUGAUGAUUUUAGCUUGUUUUUCAAGUGGAAAUUGGAUAAUAGUACCCUCUCUAGCUUAGCAACAGUUGAAUGGGAGGUGCCAAAGGAAGCUAACCAUGGAAUAUACCGGUUAAGACACUUUGGGUCAUCCGAGAAAACAGAUUACUCUCCUGUUGAAUAUUUUACUGGAGCAUCUAGUGCAUUCACAGUGUAUUAGAGGCAAUUGGUACACAUUACUUGUAAUCUGAGCUGAAAUAAUAUGAAACUUCUAGGUAUCAAACAUAUAUGUCUUGUACAAGUGAGAAAAAACUGCCUUAUUAAGUUAUUAUAGUUUAACAA